AUUUUGCUCUAGCCCUUUACCGCAACGGCGCAACAGAACGCCCAGAGGAAAAACUCGUUUCUUAAAAUGAAACAAAGAGAGAAGCUAAACCAUAAUUUAGCAUUCGGAUUUAGUUUUGAUUUCCUUUUUGAGUCCUACAAUCGCCUGUAGAGGUCGCAACCACAACGAGUAAUAGGUUUGUGCCUUAAAAUGGCAAACUCCAAAGGAUCAUUGAGAACCGGAAACAUAUUGUGCAGUGGGAAGAAUUCAUUACUCCCCCCUAAAAGUCCAUAUCCUUCCAUAUCUCCAUCCUAUAUUGAAUUUAUCCCGACAUUUCUACAAAAAGGUACACCUAAAGCAAGAGAAGGAAAUCCACACCACCAGCGUACUUCGUCUGAAAGUUUUUUAAUGGAUGAACAACCAUCAUGGCUUGAUGACCUCCUUAAUGAACCGGACAGCCCUGUACUUAAAGGAGGCCACCGACGUUCAUCUAGUGACUCGUUUGCUUCCUUUGUGAACUCCGGUUACAUAGUUCAAGGUCAUGACAAGCUCAGAAACAACAUGUUUAAUGUCCCUACUGUGAGUACAGAACCUGAUUUGCAUCGAGAUGUAUAUGGUUCAGGCAUACUCGUGACUAGGGCAAGAGACAUAGCUCCAAAUAAAAUUGGCCAUCUCAGUGGUAUUCCCUCACCUAGAGAAAACAUUGCUCUUCAAAAAUCAGAAUCUUCAAAUCCGCCACAAAACGGAGAGAGGGCACAAUCUCCUGCAAUUGUGAACCGGGAUGUUCUCGAAUCUCGUCCAGGUGAUAUGCAUAGCUCUUCGGAAAAGGAUUCUUCUAAUGCAAAGAUCUAUGAUUCAGAAACAGACACAAAACGUGUAAAACAGCAGUUCGCUCAACGCUCCAGAGUCCGAAAGCUGCAAUACAUAGCUGAGUUGGAAAGAAUCGUCCACUCUCUACAGGCCGAAGGUUCUGAAGCUUUUGCUCAGCUUGAAUUCAUGAACCAGCAAAAUCUCAUCUUGAGCAUGGAGAACAAAGCUUUGAAGCAGCGGUUAGAAAGCUUAGCUCAAGAACAGCUUAUAAAGUAUUUGGAGCAUGAGGUACUAGAGAGAGAGAGGGGACGAUUGAGGGCUUUAUGUCAGCAACAACAUCAAGCACCUCCUCAACUGAAAAAGAGACCAUAUUCUAGUCAUCGGCUUUCCAAAAGUGUGGAUUUUGGAUGUCGCCAUGGUUGAGCGGAGCUCUUGCAAGUUGCAAAAUUUCAUUGCCUUGGCCGUGUUUGGCUGCAGUGCAUCAUCUGCUGGUAGUUUCAAUUGUAUAUUCCUCUUCUUUCUUUUUUUUUUAAAUGUUCUUUAUUAAGAAGGUUAGUGAAUAUGAUGUUUUUGCUUCAAGGCAUCAUCCUCCAACUCCUUGUAUCUUGAAGGCAUUAUUUAGUUCCGGCAAUUUCCUUAUUCCUUUUAUUAUGAAUGAAUGCCAUUUUAUAGAUUCCUGAGUUAUUCAGUGCCA